AUGACCACAAACUCCCCACCUUUAUCACUUCUGGAUAACCUUAUUUGUUUGGAGUUAAUCAGAUAUGGAGUUGCCGUUUUAUAUAUGGCGUUUGCAAAGGGACGGAAGUUCGUAUCUACUCCGGGGUAUACCAGAAGACUGCUUGAGAUCCGAUGUAAUCUACCUGAUUUCCUGCGUCUUCUUGUGAAGAGCUUUUGGUGUAAUCGCUUCGUUUGGGGUAGAAAACGUGCUCUCAGGGCUCUGUUGAAGGCGAAACCUCGGAACAGAAACAAUAACCAAUAA